GGAGUCGCAAAAACCGCAUUAUAGUUUGAUCAGGGCAGAGAUAGUUAGCAGAGCUAACAUGGAGAAGGCCAGAGAGUUUCUGGAGAAGGGCGCAGCGGGCGAUGGCGCUGCUCGCGUUUCCCGACUCACCUUCCCUCCGCAUAAACCCCACCGGGAGUCCAGCUUCUACGAGUAUUUCAUCCUAAGAGGCGUGAGGGUCGAUCGAGUUCAACCGGGUUCCAUCUCGCUCUCUUUCAGAGUGCCUCCUCGUCUCACUGAUGGCGAAGGGAACUUGGCUAGGGGUGCGAUUGCGUCUUUAAUUGAUGAAAUAGGGGCUGCGGUGAUCAACGAGGGGAGCCAGCCGAUGGAUGUCUCCGUAGACAUGUCAAUCUCCUAUAUUUCGGCUGCAAAGAUGAAUGAUGAAUUGGAGAUUACCUCGAGGUGUUUAGGUCGGGUUGGUCGUUAUUUCGGAACAACUGUUCUUAUUCAAAAUAAAACAACUGGGGAGGUUGUUGCUGAAGGGCGGCAUUCAUUGUUCAGGGUACCUGCCAGCAAAAUGUGAGUCUACAUACUGCAAUAGGAACAUCCUCAAGGCGCAACCCCUCUCUGUAAUUCUCUGUAAUGUUAACUUGUAACGUAGAUGUGCUGAUUGUAUUUUCUGCAGCCAUAUUGUUAUUCAAUAAGAUGCCUUAAUGUAUACCUGGAAGCUUCCUGACUAGGACUGACUGCUCUAGCUAGGGCACGGGUCCUGCGGCCAGCCGAACCCGAUCCGGAUCGGGCCGAGCCGAUGCCUCUGGCUGACUCAAUAGACAUGUUGCAAGGACUAAGUUAUUUUGUACAUAAGCAUGUUACAAAAACUAAAUAUAUAUAUUUUGACAAAA